AACCGCUUCUUAUUUCCGUUGUUAACGCGCAGGCGCAGAGGAGGAGGACGCGAUCGAUCCGACUCGAGCCCUCCUCAUGACGCGGUAGCAGCAGACAGCUGGAUAAGACCUCAGUUUCUAGGUAAAAAUGGCUGUGGAAAAGCGCUUGGCAUUCUCUAUUGUGCAGUUCCUACGAGAUCAAACACAUUGUGGUACUUUAAAUUCUGAUGAGCAGGAAAGCCUCGAAGUUGCUAUACAGUGCUUGGAGACCACCUUCAAGAUCAGCUCCAGUGACUGUCAUCUUGCAGUGCCACAGUCACUUAGAGAGAUAUUCCUUAAUGCCCUGCUCAAGAAUGACAAUCUAACCAUACCAGAGAGCUCCCCAUCUCCUGAAGACAUCGAACGAGCAGAGCUGCUUAAGAAUGAAGGAAACAAUCACAUGAAGGAGGAGAACUACAGGAGUGCAGUGGAGUGCUACACAAAGGCCAUUGAUCUGGAUCUAAGAAAUGCUGUGUACUACUGCAACAGGGCUGCAGCUCACAGUAAGCUGGGGAAUUAUACCGAAGCAACUAGUGACUGUGAGAGAGCCAUCGGGAUUGAUCCGACCUACAGCAAAGCAUACGGGAGGAUGGGGUUGGCAUUGACAGCUAUGAACAAGUAUCCAGAGGCAAUUACCUACUUCAAGAAAGCUUUGGUAUUGGACCCCGAGAAUGACACGUACAAAUCCAACCUGAAAAUCGCAGAGCAGAAGCAGAAAGAAGCAACCAGCCCUAUAGCAGCUGGACUGGGAUUUGACAUGGCUAGUUUAAUCAACAACCCAGCCUUCAUCAGCAUGGCUGCCAGCGUGAUGCAGAACCAGCAGGUACAACAGCUCAUGUCAGGAAUGAUGUCUAAUGCAGUGGGAGGCCCUGCAGCAGGAGUAGGAGGGCUCUCAGACAUUUCCAGCUUGAUUGAAGCAGGACAACAGUUUGCCCAGCAGAUCCAGCAGCAGAACCCAGAGCUCAUUGAACAGCUGAGGAACCACAUCCGACACAUCGGGUUUAUAUUAUUUGUUUAGUCUUAUUUUUGUAGACAGAAUGCACUGUACUUGUUUAUUGGGUGAUGAACACCGUUCCUUCCUGAGACUCACAUCAGUGGUUUUCAGUGAGUACUACUUAACAUAAUUAAGACAACAGUCUAAUUGUAUACCAGUGUUUGCCGCCUGCAUUAUGUUGUUACAGCACUUUAGCUAAAAUUAACAUCCUAACUUUAAGCCUAUUUAAUUUCUGAUUAACUACUUACAGCAUAUUCAUAUUGUUCAGUUUGCAUGCUGUUGAAUCUGGUAUUUGAGAUCAGAUGCUUUAUGGAAACACAGGUAUGCUAAGGCAGCACAUUGUUUUGUCUAAACCAUAUAAAUAAUAAAUGUCUUGAAACGAAA